GGCUUGGAUACGUGAAUUGCGUGCAUGGAAACAAUGGUCAGUGGAACGAUGGCGCGGUCCUGCUGAACUCGAAGUGACAAUAUCUCCGAGUGUUCAAUCAAAUCUAAUAAUCAGCCGUAAUGCCUCAUGCUGGAUUCGAGGGACCCGUGGCUGUUCAACGCCCGGCCACAACUGGUGGACUAUGGAAUCGCAAUCCUACCAUGUCAUUUGAUGAGCUGGAGUGGGAAUAUCGCCACGAUGCUUGCUUGUUCCACAACACACAUAAUCAGAGAGGAUUCUAUCUCAUUCACCCAGACUGGGUUUCUGAGAGUUUCAAUCCUCCAACUGUGCCAGAGAGAGCCCGCAAGCCAUGGCCCUACGAAUUUCCGGGUGCGCGCGCAAUGCACGAUCCAAAAUGGGAUCUGCCUUUUAUAAGACAAGCGUGGAAAGCUCCAGCCGCCAUUGCGGAGAUCGAUCGCCAGCUUCACAGACCACGGGCCUUCACGGGGUCAAACUGGACGUCUGUCGGAACCCUUCACUUCAACGGCCGCGAUCCCACAGGCUUUAAAGCGUUCAACUACCCUGAUACGUUCUUAGAUAAAAGUAUACGUCAACCCUGGGCCCAGCAUCUCCCAACCUGGAACCCAAACGCUAGAGGCUCUCAGACGACCUCCGGCGGUACCUCUUUACCCUCUUUAACAGGACUUAAUGGACAAAAUAAUGGACAAAGUUUUAAAACGGAAACCAAUUACAGAGCGUCGCAAUUCGAUCCCCCAGAUAUUGCGUCUCUCCGACUCAUGUCCGGGCGCUACAUGUCUCCAGUUGAUUCGUAGAAAUUCGACCAAUCAGAAUAUCGAUAAGUAGACAUCACCGGUUGAUUCGUAGAUUGUUCAAUCAAUCAGUCAGUCGCUAGAUGCAUUUCACCAGUUGAUUCUUGAAUGUUACACCACUCGAACUUGAGGCUUGUUGACAAAGUUUUUUCCCCAAAAACAAAUUAUUUUUCUGGUCAUACCCCUAUAAUUUAUGUACUGAGUGCGGGGUGUUAAACAGUUCGACCCAUUUGAUCGUAUGACAUACCGGUAUGCAUAAGCAUAUAUAUAUAUA